GCUCACUCAACUAUUUCCUAGUCCUGCCUCUAGACUUUGUGCGUGGUUUAGUGCGUUAGGAGGGCCGAGGUCGUAAUUGCACAUGACAUCAUUAGACACUGCCCUGACGAGCAGCUAGCAUCGAGCCGUUGGCUGGGCGGGUUUUUUACGUUAGACUACGUGACAGACACUGUCGCAAAACAAGCAGCUGUACGGUUGCAAGUUGACCUAGUUCAUCGUGUACUUGUUAAUUUUUUGCCUGGCCUGGCCUAGCCGUAGGAACUCGCUAUCGAGUCGAAGGUGGGGUCUUGAGGCGCCUCAAGACGUGCUGACCGCGAGCCAGAAGUGAUAGCUUAUCACCAGCAAACAUGAAUGGACACACCAUUCUUCUGCUGCAAACAGCGCCGCAGAAAUCGUCGUGCACUUAUAUCGAGUACCCCUCCACAGCUGAAGCCAUUGAUGGGCUGUGUGCUCUGUUUGAGCGGCGGCUGAAGGAGAUGAACCCUGGGUCAAGAACAUCACGUAUGACAUCUCAGAGCUGUAUCAGUUCAUGGAAUCGCUUCCUGACCUUACGGCACUUGUGCUCGAUGAGUCCAUCUGUGCAUACGUCCCAUUCGACCGAAAACGGCUCAAGGAGCUUGCAUACCAGCGACUAAGCAAGCUAGCGGGUGUACAAUGAUGGUUAGGCUUGACUUUUGAAUGUCAUUCAUGUGUAAUAGUUGAGUUGUAUGUCUUCAUCUCACACAUUUCAAGACUCACAACAUGCCCUACAAAGAAGUGCAUUCCAUGCACGUACCCUUUUAUUGACAUGUGACUUUGGAUCAGUGGUUCCUUAUGUCGUGCAGCCGCAGUCACAACACCAGCAGCAGCAUCCGUUUUACAUCUUGGGUCGUUCCCCUGCUCAGCAACAGCAACAACAACAACAACAACAACAGCCACAACAGUUUCAGCAACAGCAGCAACAGCAACAACAAUAGCAGCAACAGCAACAGUCACAACAACCGGGUAUUAUUUUUCAACCGCCAAAUUUUCUUAACAGCCCCGCGACGGUGGGACGACCUAGAAGGCUAGCUUAGCUAGGAAGCUAGGAAAGGCAUGAGGUUUAGCUAGGAGGAGCCAUGAAGUGGCGUGAGGUUUAGGAAGGAGAAAAGUUG